GGUGAUGGCGGUCGAUUUGACUCCUCGUUUCAGAAGGUUGAACAGCCAAACGAGAAGUUUUCGUGAAAAUAUACAGCAUGGCUUCUCGGGGCCUUUCGGGGCCACCCAGCUGUGGCACAACAUCAUCCGGGCCCUGCAGACUCAGGUGGAGGUGCGCCGCUGUAGAAGGCAUCUGCGCGUUCAUGCCGAAUGUUUCACGGGCUCAGACGCUGUGGAUGCCGUCCUCAGCUAUCUGAUGCAGAAUGUGGUGUUUUGCACGAGUGAAGUGUCUCGCCUCAAAGCUGCUCGAUUGUGCCAGGCUCUGAUGGAAGCCAAGGUGUUCGAACCAGUGGGAACCAAGCUGUUUCGCAGGGACAAAGACGUGACCUUUGAGGACAGCAGCUGCAGCCUUUACCGUUUUCUGGAAUAUAAAGUGUCACCCAAUUCUGCCAUGAAGGAGUGCAAUAGUGACACAGAAAACAUGCCUCCAGAGGAACAGGGGCUAAAGAGGAAGAAGAGUUACAGAAGGCUGAAUGAGGUGCGGACGAUCUGUAAUCCCCUCGCUGUGGGACCAUUAGAUCGGAGGGUGGAGAGGCUGCUGAGGAACAUCAACCUGCACCCAGCCUCGUCUCCAUCUUUAAAAACAACUCACACUGCUGCUGCUUUUCUGUCCAAAGCUGUGGUGGAUGAAGUCUGGAAGCAGCAGACUCUGCUGCAGCUGCUGCAGAUCGUAGAGCUGCCCAUGCUGGACUGCAUCCUGACCUCUCCUGCCAGAGGUCAGCUGAAGGCCUGCAGAGCUCCUCUGGCCUCACAGGACCUGGUCAUCUCCAACACCUGCCUGGACCGAGAGCUUCCCGACAGCCUGCACCUGCCCCAGUUGGAUGGGUGGCUGUCGGCAGCAGCAGACUGCUUAGAGCUGUUUCCAGAUCAGCUGAUUGUGGUUGCUGGGGAACAGCUCAGCCAACAAGGUGGCACCUUCUCAGAAGACGACCAGGCGGAGCACGUGGCCAGCCAAAAGAAACUGCUCUUUGACACCAUUGCCAAGUACUACAGUGGACAGGAAACAUAUCCACUCCUCUCAGGACGCUACCUGGACAUACAUGCUGCAAUUCUGAAACUGCUGGAUGAGGGGAAGGUGCAGGAUGCCAUCAAAGCAUCUCAGCUGUGUUUUCGGCUGCUAGAGACGAGCGUCAGAGACGAACUCCGGAGACUACUGACCUUCAUGGCCACAGCAGCGCACCCAGAUGCCUGCCGUCUGCAGAAACAGAUCGAUAACAGGGCCUUGGUGUGCCGCACUUUUCAGAGAGCAAUCGUCCUGAAUCUUGAACUGACUCGAUACCAAAGCGAAACCCUGGUGCUGUUCCUCAUGGACAAUUGCACUGAGCUCAUCAAGACUCCUACGUCCCUUGUUGAAUCUGUGAGGAGAACACUGAGGACAAUGCAGCAGGGCCAAGAUCCUGACUCAAUUGCCACGUUCACAUUCUGCCAGCAGGUGACGCCAGAGGAGUACGAGGAUCAGCGAGAGGCUACCACUCUGCACAGCCUAAAACAACUUCUUCAUGAUAUUGCCUCGAGCGAAACCAUUCCCGUCAAAGAGAGGAGGAGGCUGCUCAAAGAGUUUGAAAAACAUCACCCUGUGGUCUUCCUCCAGCAUCUUUCCAGCACCUUCUAAAACGCACAGCUGAAGGGUUAUUGGUUUGAAUUCCCAGGUGCACUUCACAACCCUAGUUUGUUGUGGUACAGCGCUUACACUGAAGAAUGAUAAUAAUUGUAUAAUGUGUACCAAAAUCAAUACAAAUGAUGCUACUAGAGCAAUAACGCAUGACUUCCAUAUAUUCCUUUAAUUUACAAGAGGCCUACAAUAUUGGUUUUAUUUGCAAAUAUUGCAUCACGUUUUUUAUCCCACAUUGGUCACAUUCUUGUAGCAAUAGAUGCAUUAUCUAUCUAAUGAAAAUCGCAUUUUAAGUCAAAAGCUUAAUUAUAGUUGUGAAUAGUUUGCACGAGUCUAUAAAUAAUCCAUUGUCAGCUCAUCUUUAUCAUCAGAUGCCUUAACAUGGGUAGUAAUCUGUUGCAUUUGCCAUUAUGUGUCAAAUGAGUAACCAUUUUUUAAUUGUAGAAUCAUGAUGCUGAUUUAAUGUUGUAAGUUGAAUAAUGUUUACUGAGGGCAUUUGCUUCUCUGUGCUGGAUUGUCCUGGUAUUACUGUAGAAUGUAGUGUAUGCAAACUGAAGGGAUUACUGAAGAAAAUGACCCUUAAGCGUGAUCGGACACCAGAUGUAGCCAGCUGUUUUCAGGCUGCAAGUGUUGAACAGCUUUUGAAAUAAUUGAUGUACUUCUUGGUCCUGCUGUGGAGACUGUAUUUGAAUAGGUUAUUGGAAAAGCUUUGGAAAUGGAGCUGUGGUUUGCAGAAUUAAUGCUGAGUACUUUAAUCAAGAAUAACCAUAUUAUGGGAGGCUUUGUUGUCUCCCAGUUUUACUGUAGCAGGCUGUGUGGUUAGUGGAAAUACUGGAAAUGCAACACUAAUGUAGCUGAAUGAGGUUGAACGCUAAAUUGUUUUUGUUAGAGAUGAAGACAGAUCUUUCUUUAAAGAUUUUAAGAAUGAAAACUAAUAUGAAUUGCUAGGGUGCAAUAUUGUACCAGGCUAAUCAGGUUAAUACAUGUUAUUUUCAGGGGUUUUAAGAAUACUUUUAGUGCCAUUAUCAUGGAAUUGCCUUUUAAUUGUAACUUUUUAGAAUUGUACUUGAAAGCUGGACAAUGAUCCUUUUUAUGGAAGAUGUGUAAUUAAUAAUGACUUACUAUUAUUUUAAGAAACCUAUUUAAUCUUUGGUAACGAAUCAUUUUGAUUGCAUUAUUUUAAUAAAUGAAGCCAUGGUCUUGCA